AACGGCGCCGCAUCCAACACCGAGUGAGACAGAGAUCCUUUGCAUCCAUCAAAAGCUUGACUGAGAAAUAUCUUCGGAGACAAUUUCUCUAUUUCCUGCCGAUGUUGAAACAGCGCUCUCUGCUCGGAGCUAUCGGUAGCGCUGUUCGUAGCUACUAAACCGCAAAUGAUUAUUAAUAUUUUUAUUUUAUUUUGAAAAAAAAGAGAAGUUUUUUAAUUGAAAAAUUUUAAUUAUCAAGUUAUGGAGAUGUGCGAGCAUGAAAUAUGUCUGGAAGGAGCAGAUAACAACUCAGCAUUGCCUUUGAAGUUUAUCAUGAAGGGCAUGUCGAUGGGGACUGUGAUGUACAAAGUGCGCUCCCCCGACCGCUGGUACAGACGAAAAUACAAAGUGGAUAUUCAGAAUAUGAGGCUGACCUACUCUCCUUCUACAAAACCGUUUUGGAAAGGAAAGAUAACGACAGUGGAUUUAUUUGAUUUAGAAGAAGUUCGUAAAGGAUGGAACACUGAUGUUUUUAACAAACUGGAAGCCAAAUUUCGACGAAAACUGCAGAAAACAUUACAUCCCCAGCUUUUGUCCAUGCUCAAAGAAGAGAACUGUUUCUCGCUCAUCAUUGGACCUGCUCACUCAGUAGUUGAUCUCAUUGCUCCCAACGUCAACACGCGAGACGCUUGGGUGAGAGGACUGAACCAACUGAUAGCCUGCUGUAAACAUCUGCAAGCGGAGCAUGAUGAGGAAAGGUGGUUGAAAGAUCAAGUGAGAAAAGCCGACGUCAGUGGUAAUGGCAGCCUUACUUUCGAAGAAUGCCUUGGCUUACUCAAUCAACUCAACAUCAGCAUGAGGAGAAAAGAAGCUAAGAAACUUUUUCAUACAGCUAACUUCAGGAAGAAUAAAAUCGAUGGCGAAGACGCUCUAGAUCCGGAAGAAUUUGUUAUUUUUUAUCGAAGCUUAACUCACAGGCCGGAACUGGAAGAAUUAAUGAAGAAAUAUUCUGUCAGUCGGUCAGUCUUAUGGGGUGCCGAAGAACUGAGAAAUUUUUUAUAUGAAGAGCAGAAUGUUUCACUGUCCAUUCAAGAAUGUGAAUCAUUAAUAGAUGAAUACGAACCAGAAACUAAUAAAAUUUCUGGUUACCUGUCGUUGGAAGGAUUUCAGAAAUUAAUGACUGUAGAUCAAGACAUCUUUAACAAGAGGCAUCGUAUCAUAUAUCAAGAUAUGACUCAACCCCUAACACGCUAUUAUAUAGCUUCAUCUCACAACACAUACCUCACCCAGGGGCAGCUGUAUGGUGAAAGCAGUAUUGAAGGGUACAUUCAAGCACUAAUGCGAGGUUGUAGGUGCCUUGAGAUUGACACAUGGAAUGGAUCGGAUGGGGAACCAGUCAUAUAUCAUGGAUACACUUUAACCAAUCAGAUAUUGUUCCGAGAUGUUCUAGAAGCCGUUAAACAAUACGCUUUCAGAGCUUCACAAUAUCCAGUCAUUCUAUCCAUAGAAAAUCAUUGUGAUAUACCUCAGCAAGUGAAAAUGGCUUAUUACAUUACAACAAUAUUAGGCGAAUAUUUAUAUAAAGAACCUAUUGGUCAGGACGAAAAGGAACAUCCUUCUCCGGAGUCUCUUGCAAGAAAGAUUUUAAUUAAAGGGAAGAAACUGAAAGAUGAGCUAGUGACGUCUGAGGAGGAUGAUUUCUUGCUCGAAGAAGAAGAGGAAAGAGAAGAAGCUUUAGCAUAUGCACUGGCAGCAUCUUCUACACCUGUUGCUGAUGACGCCGAUGUGAUACCUCCCCCCAUGCUAUCAGCAGAGGGUCGUUCUAAACGUAUUGCUGUAGAAUUAUCCAGGCUUGUUAACUAUUUCACCGCUAAGAGGUUUAGUUCUUUUGAGGAAUGCAGAAAUUUAUGGAAGUUCAACGAAAUGGCUUCUUUCCAAGAAUCAGUGGCUUUAAACUUGAGCAGUACCAACGGUCCUGAUUUCGUAGGCUACAACAAGAAGCACUUCUCUCGCAUCUAUCCAAAGGGGACACGAGCAGAUUCGAGCAACUAUGACCCAUUCCCGUAUUGGAACUUAGGAUGUCAAAUGGUCGCCCUGAAUUACCAGACUUGGGAUAAACACAUGUAUAUGAAUGAAGCGAAAUUCGCUCAGAACGGAAGAUGUGGUUAUGUGCUGAAACCAAAGUAUUUGAUCUCGAAUGAAAUUUCAUAUGACCCCAAUAAAACCCCUUAUCCAGGACAAGAGUUUCAUGUAACACUAAAGGUAAUAAGUGCCCAGUUUCUACCUAAGUCAUCCGGUGCUUCAGAAUCAGAUGUUGUUGAUCCAUAUGUGUCCAUAAGAGUAUUUGGGCAUCAUCUAGAUAAGUUAAAGAAGAAAACAAAAUUUAUAAGCAACAAUGGUUUCAAUCCAGUAUGGAAUGAAACUUUUAAGUUUGUUCUGAAUGCUCCGGAGCAAGCAAUCUUCCAUUUCCGCGUCAAAGACGAAAAUAUGACCACUAAUGAGCUUAUUGGGCAAUUUGCAGUGCCUUGCAUGUCAAUGAACGAAGGUUACCGCCACAUCCAUCUGGAAGAUUCUAAAGGACAGAAGCUUGACAAAGCAACUCUAUUUGUUCACAUUCAGAAGUCACAGUAUGUGCAAUACAACAGAAAAUGAAGUGAUUUACUGUUGCUUUAGACAAUGCCUUCAUCCUCUGACAAUAAUGUACAUAACGUUGAUGCAUAAAUAUUCGCCAGUUUUA